GUUUGUCCGGUCAUAGUUGAGGGAGAGGGCUGCCAGUUGUUCACCUAACAUCACCGACACACAGCUGGAGAAGCAGCUCGACAACAAAAUGAGAAUUGUACUAAUUCCCUUUUUGUUGGCCCUGGCUGCUGCCUGUGUGCCUGUCCUCUGUGGCAACGAGGAGCAGCCUGUCUCCCAGCCCGAGGCCCCGGUUGGAACCCGCUCCCGAUUUGCUGCUCUGGACGAUGUGCGACUUCUGGCGAACGGCCUCCUUCAGCUGGGCCAGAGCCUGCGGGAGUUUGUGCAGAAGACCAAAGGACAGAUAAAUGACAUCCUCCAGAAGCUUAACAUCUUUGACCAUUCAUUUUACCAACUAUCAGAGCUUGCCAGCAAAAUUAAAGAGGAAGAAGAGGAGCUGAAGAAGACCACUGUGGUACUGAAGGCUAACAGUGAAGAGAUCAAGGGCCUGUCUGUUGAGAUUAGCUCCAAAGUGGACAGCAUCCUGCAGGAGAAGAGUCGGCUACAGAACAAGGUGGAUGGGAUGGAGGAGAAGCUGCGUAGCCUGACACACGGCCUGGUGACAAGCGAACAAGUGAGCGAUGUCAGUAGUCUCAAGGAAGUGAUCCACAGCCAGGAGCGGAGCAUUACGGAGCUUCUGAAGGCCAUGAGCGAGCAGAGUGACCAGCUCAACCACCAAAGCCUUAUGAUCAAGACUCUGGAGCAAAAGCUCACAGUCAACACAUUGACCCAGGAGACCAUUGAGAGGAUGCCUGAAAUCCUGAACAGCGAAGCACCAACACUCAUCCCUUAUGUGAUCCCAAGCUCUACCAGCACCACCAACAUGAUGAAUCUGCCAUCAGACUGCAGCGACCUGUUCAACAGAGGAGAAGGAGUCAGCGGCGUCUACGCCAUCAGACCCACCGGAACAGAGCCCUUUAUGGCCUUUUGUGACAUGAGCAAAAAUCAUGGAGCAACAGUCAUUCAGCGAAGGAGGGAUGGUUCAGUGAAUUUUGAUCAAAUCUGGGACAAGUAUGAAAAUGGGUUUGGAGAUUUUCAAGGGGAGUUUUGGUUGGGUCUCAGGAAGAUCCAUGCUCUAGCCGCUCAGGGCAACUCUGUCCUUCAAUUCCAGCUGGAAGACUGGAAACAGGGCCGUCGCUUCAUAGAAUACAGAUUUUAUCUUAGUGGUCUUGAGAGCAACUACACCAUCCAUCUCACACAUCUGUCAGGAGAUAUGGCGGACCCCAUGAGCAACCACACGGGCAUGAUGUUCUCCACCAAGGACAGGGACAAUGACAAUCACCAGGACACCAACUGUGCCCACAACUACACAGGUACAGCAGGUGGAUGGUGGUUCAACGCCUGCGGAGAGACCAAUCUGAAUGGGAGAUAUUUCCACAUGAGACCUAAGGGGCGUUCAGAGAGAAGGAGAGGGAUUCAGUGGAGGCCGGGCCAAAAGGCUUCUCACUCCCUCAAGCUCACUCAGAUCUCUGUGCACCAUGUGUCUUCCCCCAGCACCACCUCCUCAACUGCAGCAUCAUCUGAGACAGGUGUCUUUCUGAGAUCCGGCACCAGAAUUCUCUAGUGAAAUUUGCAUUAAAUAGUGGCCUGGAGAGACUUGGAAAUGCUUCAUUUGGGCCAGCUAUGGUUUAGGAAGGCUUAAGAACCGAGGAAGAUGUGUCCCGUUGCAGUACAUGAAGUCACAGAGGACACUAAAUAAGCUUUACAAUUCUAAGUGUUGUUGUGUGCUAAACUGAGAAAGACUAAAGAAUGUAUUACUACCUAAAGCCAGGGUUAUCUCUAAUUCAAUAGAUAUUGUGAAAUCUGAAAUACACUGAAAUGCAGUUAGCAUGCAAUAUGUAUCUUACCAUAACACUCACUGUAUCUCAGAGGUCAAAGCUUAUGGAGAAGAAAUUAAAACAUACAGCCAU